AUGGACAUGGCGCCUGACAGAAGACAAUUGCAAAGCAUGUUCCAGCAUGACAAAGAGUCCUUUAAGGAAUAUGCUCAGAGAUGGAGGGAACUGGCUUCUCAAGUUGAACCACCUCUAGCUGAGAAGGAAUUGGCUGAUCUAUUCAUCGACAUUGUCCAAACCCAAUUCUAUAAGAAGGUGGUUGGAAGUGCUUCCUUGGGGUUCUCCGAUCUUGUUGCUAUAGGGGCUCGCGUCGAAUAUGGUUUAAGAAAUGGAAAACUUGCGGCUGUAGCUGGAACUUCAAAUGCUAAUCCAAAGAAGUUCUCUGGAGGGUUUCCCAGAAAGAAGGAAGGGGAAACAACUGUUGUGAUUGUUGGCCAGGGAAGAGCCCCUCCAAGAAGAAGACAACAACAAUAUUCACCACAGCAGUAUGUUCAACAACCCUUUCCCUAUCAGCAGCCCAUGUAUCCCGUUCAGUACGCCCCGCAACCGUACGUGGCUGCUGUGACGCCCGCCUUUAAUCAACAACAUGCUCAGGCCUAUCAAGCGCCUCCAGUUUACCGACCAUCUCCAGUUCAACAACGUGUUGUGAUUCCUCCGGCUUAUCAACAAGCACCAGCAGCUCCUGUCUAUCAACAGCCGAGAGCUCAAGCUCUAAGGCAAAAUUCUCAGAACCAGAAUAGGAGGCAAGGGGAUAGGGCGACCUUCAAUCCAAUCCCAAGGUCGUACACUGAGCUUUAUCCCUCCCUGUUGCAAAAGGGUUUGGUGGUUCCCAGACCUAUGGGACCUCCACCUGAUCGUCUUCCUCCAUGGUACAACCCUAAUGCACAUUGUCCUUUUCAUGAAGGUGCCCUCGGGCAUGACCUAGAGGGUUUCUAUGCUUUGAAGCAUAGGGUUCGUGAGCUGAUUGACAGCAAGAUCUUGUCUUUUAAAGAUAUGAGACCGAAUGUGAAGAACAAUCCUCUUCCUCCCCAUGGAGAUCCUGCAGUAAACGCCAUUGAAGAUGCCUUUGUUGGUGUUAUAGUUGAGAAGGUGGAUGAUGUUAAGACUCCUUUGGCAGCAUUCCAUGCCCGAUUGGUGGAAGCUGGCCUGAUUAAUGUUAUUCAUGAAAAUUGUGAAGAGUGUGCCACAUACCCAAAGGGGUGUCAAGUGGUACGAGAUAACAUUCAAGACUUGAUGAAUAAAGGAGUGCUUCAGAUAUCCAGUGUUACAAAGAAUGAAGAUGUGUUGGUAAUUGAACCUUGCUUCAAUUUACCCGAACCAGUUGAGAUCCUAUAUUACAGUGGUGAAGUGGUUCCGGCGAAUAGUCAGUCGUCGCCUGUUGAGAUAUGUAUGCCCACGCCUUUUCCAUAUGAGAGCACCAAGUCCGUACCUUGGAAAUAUGAGAUUACCGCUAUGGACAAGGUUGUUGAAGGAAGUGCAGACGUUGAAGUGACCGAAGUUGUGAAUGAGGACGUCACCAAUAUUGCAGGAAUGAGCAGAAUGACCCGUAGUGGUCGAAUCUACACGCCUGAAUUCAAUGUGACUCCUCAAGGGCCAAACAAGGAAUCAACAAUCGCAGCUCCCACUAAAGAACCCGAAGUGGUCCAAUCUGAAGAUGCUGUUGAAUUCUUAAAGUUGAUCAAGAGAAGUGACUACAAGGUUGUGGACCAGUUGCAUCAAACACCAUCUAAGAUCUCUAUUAUGUCUCUUCUAUUGAACUCCCAAGCCCAUAGGGAGGCUUUAUUGAAGGUGCUUGCCCAAGCUCAUGUAACGCAAAGCAUAACAGUUGACCAAUUCGAUGGAGUAGUUGCGAAUAUCAUAGCUUACAAUACUUUGAGCUUCAGUGGAGAGGAAUUACAUGAGGAUGGACAAAAUCACAAUCGUGCUCUCCAUAUCUCGGUAAAAUGCAAAGAUGAUGCUUUGGCGAGAGUUUUGGUUGAUACCGGAUCUUCUCUGAAUGGGAAGUCACCUCCACUUUACAUCAAAAAAUGA